UACACAAAUGCUUGGUGUUGUCUAGGGAGUGAGCGAGUGUUUUUACCGGCCAUUCAAUCCCUUUUGGACGGAGUAUUUUGAGGUGGCAUACUGUGAUUGAGCUAAAUUAUUAUAUCACAACUUUAUCGUGAAUUCUAGGUACAUUCGACGAGUUCUAAACCCCAGAAAACAUGUCGACAGGAGCGUUGCUACUCUCUCGCGAGCGGGAUCCGCCCAAGCCCGUAGCCGAUUUCUUCAAAACCCAGACGACCCAUGCGGAUGAGAUCGCGGCUCAGGCCCAGGCCUCGGCCGGCCUGGCGACGGCAGGGUUCCGUACGUCCAAGUACAGGCCUGACGAGUGGCACAAGUCCAACUACGACAAGUACUACAAGGCCUUCGCGGACAGGGAUAUAGCAGAGAGACUAAGACACGAGUCCAAACAGCUAGCCAACACGACAGAGGCCAUCACUCAGCGUACGCAGGCUGACGUCACCAAGAAGCUCGGCGAGCGCAUGCACGACAUCACCUUCUGGAAGUCGGAGCUGAACCGUGAGAUCGAUGAUGUCAUCGCGGAGACAGACCUGCUAUUGGCUCAGAAGAAGCGGUUGGAGAAUGCCCUGUACGCCACGGAGAUUCCCUACAAGAUCUCCCUGGACAACCUGGAGAGCCGCGAGCGCAGACAGGGUGUGGACCUGGUCAGGGACGAACCAGAGGUUGAACUCGUCAAGGAAGUGGAGAUCAUUAAGAGUGUGCAGGACCUGUUGAGAAGAACACUGGAGCAGACAAUCAACCAAAUCAGGAAUAACCGUGAUGCUAAGCAGAACCUGGAGAUGGACUGGAGUGAUAAGAAGGAUGCGCUGGAGAUAGACGACAAGUGUGCCCGUCUCAACAACCAGUCCACAGACAUCGAGUACCACCCCAACACUGGGCAGUGGCAGGAGUUCUCCUCCACCCCCGAGACCUGGGCGCAGUACAGCCACGAUAACAUCGUCAGGGCAGAACAGGAGAGGAUGGCGUCCAUCAACCUGCGCGCCCUGAUCGACAAUGUCAUCUCCGACACGUCUACGGACAUGCACGAGCAGUGCAACACCGUGGACACUGCCAUGGCCAAGAGGCUGGAGGAACUCAACGAUGCCAAGGCUAAACUGGAGAACCAUCUACAGAAGACCCUACAGGAGAUUGCCUCCCAGGAGAAGAACAUCGCCAUGUUGAAGCAGGCCAUCGCAGACAAGCGGCCGCCCAUGCAGGUGGCACAGACCCGCCUGCACCACCGCACCUCCCGGCCUAACGUGGAGCUGUGCCGCGACCCCGCCGCUGAGAGGCUUCUGACGGAGGUUACAGAGAUCACAGAGUCUAUUGAGGCACUCCAGAGGAAGUUGCAGAAUGCCGAGGCCUCCCUUAAGGACCUGAUGGACACACGCAUGACCCUGGAGAAGGAGAUCGCUGUCAAGUCCAACAGCAUCUUCAUCGACAAGCAGAAGGUGUGCCAAGUCCGCACGCGCUACCCCAGCAUGAUGAAGCUCACUGGGUACCAGUAAACUGAACUUAGCAUCUUGUUGGCUUCAUGUGGAUUCAGACAGGGCUGACUUUAGACAGAACGUAGCAUCAUGUUGGCUUGUUGUUGAUACGGAUACUUCAUAAGGGGGUAUAUAACUGAAAGAAAAAAGAGAGAAGACAGUGAAUUAUUUGGAAUCAUGUGAAUCAUUAUCAAAGAAUCUAUAUCUAGCCCCACAUAUGAAAUAAAUUAUGGAAAUCUUUUUAUCAUGGUAUUGUAUAGAGAUUUGCACAUUACACUCUUUACUAAUAUAUGUAUUACAAGAGACCACUAAAGAAUUCAAAAGGAAAAGUUCUAGACAGUUACCAUGAAUAGUUUUCCACCUGUUCAAUACAUGUUGUAUUUGUAAAACUCAAAUCAAGUAAUAUGCUGUUAGAUAUAGCUUCUUCUGAAAGACUUUUGGAAUUCUCUUGUAACUUUCGGAUUAUGUAUAUAAAAGAGGUGAUUUGAGAAAUACGGUAUGUUUUGAACUUAACAUUUUAUUGACAGUUUUUUGAGAUUAUGUGCAUCCAUAUACUAUUAUAGUGUUAAGUAUAGUCAUAUGUUUUUCACAGCACUAAGCAAUGAAAUCAAUGAGUAGGCUUACACAGCAUAAUUUCACUAGAUGAAACAAUGAUUUUUUGAGAAAUAAAAAUUGGGUAAUCUUCCAUUCAGGUGGAUCAUGAUGAAAUCAUGAAGGAUAUGAUACUAGUAAUCAUUGCAACUAGCUGAUUCCACACAGUAUUGACACUUAUGACAAAAGAUAAGGUAUUCUAAGACCCUUCUAAGUUUACAAAUUGCAAACAUCAAGACUGGAAAACAUAUAUAGAGAGUUUUGUUGGGGAUUUUGUUUGCCUUUGCUGUAUGAUAUUGCUGCUAUUUUUGUGCCAAGACUGAAUAAACACUAUGCACAACAACACAAA